AUGAGCUACUCAAAGUUUGAUCUUACCUUUAAAAUUGGUCAAUAUUUAGACAGGCAUCUUGUGUUUCCGCUGUUAGAAUUUUUAGCAGCUAAAGAGACCUAUGAUCAAUCCGAGCUUUUACAAGCCAAAUUGGAAAUUUUAAGUAAGACAAACAUGAUUGAUUACGUUAUUGAUAUAAGACGGAUGCUCUACCCUGAUGAAGAUACCCCAGAGGAAAUUAAGUCUAGAAGAGGAUUUGUAUUAUCUCAACUACAAGAACUUCAAGAUGCUGUUGAACCUGUUUUGAAACUAAUGCAGCGAGAUGAUGUUAUGAAAACAGUCGAGACUAUGAGAGAUCCAAAAACACUUAUAAACUAUCUCACAACCAACAAAGAGUUUGAGUUUAAAAUAGAGAUGAUAGACAGCAUGUACCGGUUAGCAAAAUAUCGCUAUGAGUGUGGUAAUUAUGUUGAGUCAGCUUCAUACCUAUAUUUCUGUCAGUUAGUGAUGUCUCCCACUGAUAAGAACUAUCUAUCAGUUCUGUGGGGUAAAUUAGCGAGCGAAAUUCUUGUGCAAAAUUGGGAUGCUGCACUCGAUGAUUUGACUAAAUUACGCGAGUUCAUCGACAAUGGCGGCGCGGGUGCGACCGCGACUAACAUGCAGGCGCUCCAGCAACGCACUUGGCUGGUCCACUGGUCUCUCUUCGUGUUCUUCAACCAUGUGAAGGGACGCGAUCUCAUCAUUGAAAUGUUCUUGUAUAAGCCUUUAUAUUUGAAUGCCAUUCAGACUAUGUGUCCCCACAUUCUGCGCUACUUAGCCACCGCUGUUAUCAUCAACCGAUCUCGUAGAAACGCCCUGAAGGAUCUCGUCAAAGUAAUUCAGCAGGAAGCCUAUACUUACAGGGACCCAAUAACAGAAUUCAUAGAACAUUUAUAUGUCAACUUCGACUUUGAAGCGGCGCGCAGGAAAUUAAACCAGUGCCAAGCGGUGCUGUUAACGGACUUCUUCUUGAUCGCUUGUCUCGACGAAUUCGUAGAAAACGCUCGUCUCAUGAUCUUCGAGACUUUCUGUCGUAUUCAUCAAGUAAUCAGCAUUGGGAUGUUAGCGGAAAAUCUAAACAUGCAGCCUGAUGAGGCGGAAUGUUGGAUAGUCAACUUGAUCCGCAAUGCCAGGCUGGACGCCAAGAUAGACUCCAAGCUGGGGCACGUGGUGAUGGGCGCGCAGCCCCUGUCCCCCUACCAGCAGCUGGUGGAGAGGAUAGACACCCUCGCGGUCAGGUCCGAGGCCUUGACGUCGCUGGUCGAGAGGAAACAGAAGGCGCGUAAUCAAGAUAUUCGCUGGGGAGCGCAAGAGUUU